GGGGACAAGCCGGGUGGGUCGGUCCUCGGACCGGGGGUCGCGGGCGUUGCCAGGUGCUCUGCCACUCCUGGCGCUGGACCCCGGCAAGCCGGAGCGGGCCGGAGGGGCGACGCGCUCGCGGCCCCCUUCGGGGGAACGCUGGACCCUGCGGGCUGACUCCGCCCGGGCCUUCCAACGCACACCGCGGGGCAGCCAGACGCCCCCCACCCUUCCGCUGGGACGAGAUGAAGCUCAUCAUCCUGGAAAACUAUUCUCAGGCCAGUGAGUGGGCAGCCAAGUACAUCAGGAACCGCAUCAUUCAGUUUAACCCAGGACCAGACAAGUACUUCACCUUAGGGCUCCCUACAGGGAGCACCCCGCUUGGCUGCUACCAGAAGCUGAUUGAGUACUAUAAGAAUGGGGACCUGUCCUUUAAAUAUGUGAAAACCUUCAACAUGGAUGAAUAUGUAGGCCUUCCUCAAGAGCACCCAGAAAGUUAUCACUCCUUCAUGUGGAAUAAUUUCUUCAAGCACAUUGACAUCCACCCGGAAAACACCCACAUUCUGGAUGGAAACGCAGCUGACCUGCAGGCCGAAUGUGAUGCCUUUGAAGAAAAGAUCCAGGCUGCAGGCGGGAUUGAGCUCUUUGUUGGAGGCAUCGGGCCUGAUGGACACAUUGCCUUCAAUGAGCCAGGCUCCAGUCUGGUGUCUAGGACCCGUGUAAAGACACUGGCCAUGGACACCAUCCUCGCCAAUGCUAGGUUCUUUGAUGGUGAUCUCGCCAAGGUGCCCACCAUGGCCCUGACAGUUGGUGUAGGUACUGUCAUGGAUGCCAGAGAGGUAAUGAUCCUCAUCACUGGUGCUCACAAGGCCUUUGCUCUGUACAAGGCCAUUGAGGAAGGAGUGAACCAUAUGUGGACUGUGUCUGCCUUCCAGCAGCAUCCCCGUACUGUGUUUGUGUGUGACGAGGAUGCCACCUUGGAGCUGAAAGUGAAGACUGUCAAGUAUUUUAAAGGUUUAAUGCUUGUUCAUAACAAGUUGGUGGACCCCCUGUACAGUAUCAAGGAGAAGGAAAUUCAGAAAAGCCAGUCUGCUAAGAAACCAUACAGUGACUAGCCGGUACCUCAGAGUUACAGGCAGAUCUUUCUGGAAACUGUCUAGGAGAUUAGAAUUCUUUUUCUUUAAUCCAUUAUGGUUAUUGCAAAUAUAUGUGUUGAAUUUACUGUCCUUGGGUUAUGUGGCUAGGCACCUACUAGUCAUGUAGUUUAGCUAAAGGCAGAAUUGUUUAUAGCUGUUUUCUUCUUUUUUAGUACUGGGGAUGGAACCCAGGACCUUGUACCUGCCAGCCAAUCACUCUACCAUCUGAGCUAUGUCCCGAACCUUAUAUCCAUUUUUUAAAUUAUUAUUGUGUAACAGAAAUUUUCUGAAAAAUGUACUCCAUUUUAACUGGUGUUAUACCUAAGUGAGGGGUUUUCAGCUUUUGUUCUGCCUCUGCCGAUGUUCACAUGGACAGCACACUCCCAUCAAGGAUUUUUAUUUGUAUAUGCACUAAUUCUCAAGUGUGUGUAGGGGGGUGGUUAGGACUUGUGCAUUUUGGGAACAACCUCUUUGGAGAAUCUUGAGAACUCCUCUUCAGUAAGCCUGCCCCUUGAGAAUCGUUCUAUGUUAAGGAACAAUCUCUCAGUGCCUAAAUUAUAUAAAGGAAGCAGCUCUUUGGUUCAGUACCAAGGGCCCUUGGAAGAAACCUAUCCCGUGCUCCCUUUUCCUGCUGUUACAGCUGGUUCUUCCAUGAGCUCGGUGGUCUCUCUAAGAAGGUAGUUUGUCUGGCCAUGUCACAGUUCUCUUCCUCAAGGAUCCAAGACUAGAAAGGCAGAAACCCUUUUCCCACCAGAGCCCCAUGUUUUUAUCAGAGGUCUGUUGCAUAUUCCUGAGUAAAGAGGAGGCCCUCUGGGAGAGAGACACCAUGAUUUGUGUUGUUUACCUAAGGUGAGAGGCUGCUGAGCAUCUGUAGGCACAGUGCUGUGCUCUCUGGCCUCCCUCAGGGCUGAGCACCCAGCCUGUAGCACAUGUGCUUCUAUUACAUUCUCCACCGAAACCCCUGUCACGCCCACCUUUCAGUUUUUCAAGGUGUCCUCCGAGGUUCUCAGAACACUGGAAAUGGUUUAUCCUUCAGGCUCCUUCCCAAGCUUCUCUGCUCAGCCUGCCUUUUAUCCUCUCCGGCCUGGAGUGGUUGCUGCCUGCUCCUCUGUUUUUGUGCCUAUUUAAAGCUAUUGCUGCCUAUUCCUGUGAAAGAGUUUUCAGAUCCUGGCUCAGGCCUCUAAGUACUGUGUUUGGUACCAGCAUUUUGUCUGAAGCUUUUAUACUGAUUGUGAUUGUGCUAUCUUUCUGUGUUAAGCUAAUGGAUCAGUGGACUUGUUUACAAUGUGAUAUUUUCUAUUAAAUCCAAUGCUUUCCAAUAA